AUGAUAAGUUUUCAGGAUCGAUUUAAAGGCAAAAUGUCAUACAUCUCAAAAUAUGGGAUUAAUCAAUCCCCUGAUGUUAAAUAAAAUAGCUAUAUUCUGGUAUUCUUUUUAUUACUAUUAAGUAAUAAGAUUAAUCAAACAAUAAAAGUCCUUAAAAAAUUAUUAACUUAAAUUCCAAAUCUCCUAUCAAAAAUUCCUAUUAUUAUAAGUUACCUCCCAUUAAAAAUAAAAUAGUAGAUAGAACUUAAAAUUUUAAUUAACAGAAAUAAUAAAUAUCAACCAAGAAAAUGUAUAAAUCAUAACAUAUUUCAGUUAUUCUGCUGACCAUUCAAAGAUUAGUUUGAAAAAAUAUGACAGUGAUAUUGAAGAAAUUUAAAUGAAACACUUGUAAUACUUAAAUAAGAUUGAAUAAUUAUAUAUGCUUUAAAAAAAUUGA